AGUCAACUCUCCAAAAAUUAAAAAUUAAAGAGUCAUCAAUAAUUAAAUGCCCAUGCUUUUGCAUAGUGCAAAUCUUGGUUAAAACUCCUUAAACCGUACGACUGAAUUAAUCAACUUUUAAUUGGGAUUUUCUCUUUUUAUCCCCUCUUGUUUAGUUUGAUUUUAAUUAGUAAGUUAUUGCUAUUGUUUAUCAAGCUAGGUUUCUGUUUUAGUUGUUUAAUUUGUAGAGUUAAUUCUUUUUUAAAUUGAUAUUAUCAGUAAACGUGUCCACACCUAAGAUAUGUAAAGGUUUUUAACGGGGUUUAUAACGUUUGUAUCCGUUGUUUCUUUUAAGUUAGAUUAUCAUAUUAUUUUGUUGUAAUUAUUGUUCCUUUUUUCAUAAUGCUUUGUCACACUUUCUAUAGUAUUUUGCCAUGACUUUUUCAUUUCCUGUACUCCCCCGUCUCAAUUUAUGUGGUACCUUUCGAAUUUCAAGAUUCAAAUAAGUAUUUUUUUUACCGUACUUUUUUCAUAUAUCUUUUAAUUAUAUUGAGUUGUCAAUUAUUAUGUCUUAUAAUAUUUUUUUAUGUAGUUUCUAAAUAUGUAAAUUUUAUUUUAAGAAACUGAAAGAUUUCAUGCCUAAAUUCACGGUUAGAAUUAAACUGUUUGACUGUCGAAAUUUGAACUGUGUCACAUAAAUUGAGACAGAGGGAGUAUUUCUUUUUUCGAACUGCAAUGAAAUGCUUUUUCUUGAGCCAAGGGUUUAUCGAAAACAACGUCUCUACCUCAACAAGGUCGGGGUAAAGUUUGCGUACACUUUACCAUCCUCACACCAUACUUGUGGGAUUACACCGGGUGAUUUAAGAGGAGAUAUUGUCAGUAAACUUGUCUCCACAUCAAAUAUGUAGAGGUCAUUGACGUCGAAAGGAUCAUGGUGCUUUUAUCAGGCCUGGAAUAUGUGAUUUUGGAGCUUUGCAGAAGCAGGGGAAGUUCAGGGGUGACAUCAGGCACAUGUUUAAUGGUGAUGAUAUCUUUGAGGGGGACUGGGUUCUUUGGUGCUGUUGGUAGCAGCAUAAUCUUCGGCAAACUGCUCUAGCACUAUUUCCUAGGAGAACUCUGGAGAGCAGAUGGACCAUUUGGUCUUACACGUUAAUUUGAAAAGAUGAGGAUUUUGGUGGUGGAUGAUGGUGUUGUUGCUACGAUACUAAGGACCUGUAACUACCAAGUUACGACUGUCAAAUAUCCAAUGGAUGCUUUGUCUACACUUUCGCUCAAAGGCGAUUCUUUUGAUCUCGUUGUCACCAAUGUGCACGUGCCUGAUAUGAAUGGCUUUGAUUUCCCACAAGUGAUAACCCAAGGAUUUGAGCUACCUGUUGUGUUGAACUCAGCUGAUAACAAAGAUGGUUCCAAAUUGAAAGGACUAAAAAAGGUUAAGGUUGAGUGGACAACGUCACUUCACCACAAAUUCCUGGUAGCCAUCAUAGAGAUUGGGUUAGACAAAGUUACGCCAUUGAAGAUUCUUGAUCACAUGAAAGUCCCUGGAUUGACUAGAGACAAUGUAGCCAGCCAUCUGCAGAGAUAUCGUAUUUUCUUGCAACGAGUCACUGAUUCAUUCUGUAAAACCCAAGCUGCUGACAAAAAAUUAGCCAGUAAGGCUGUUCAAGAGAAUUGUGGACUGGAUGAACAGUUCUUUGAAAACACUCGUAACCCUAGCUCAUCGCUUCACACUUCAACAGGUUAUCUGACAGGCAAUCUACAACAUCUGAAGAAUAAGGGGAAAGAAGUUGAUGCUGUGCUCGAUCCAGUUUGCAACUCUUCUGUGUUUCACAACAUUAAUGCUACGCAGCAAGCACAACGCAUUGGUGAUCUUAGAACUUCUUUCAUGAAUCAAGGGAAUGUUCAACCUCAUCAGCUAAACAAUGAAGAUGAGAUGAGUGUCAACUUCGAUCGUGGUAUUAAUCAGGACAUGGAGGAGAAGGACCCUUUGCAAUGAUUUGAUCAAAUACCAUCCAAGCAAAGGAAGGACGAAGAAUUUUUGGUUUUGGUGCUUGCUUCAAGUCCUUGUGAAGAUGAGCAAAGCAUAUUUAGUUCAAUAGAAUAUUUAAGAGACAGUUUUAUAGCAACAAACAAUGUUGGUGCCAGAGACAGAUUAAUGUUUUGCUUUAGUAUUUCCUUUUGUGACUCUAGAGAUAAUGAUAUGUUUUCAAUUUUCAGAGAUUAGUACUUUCAAAUUUUGAUGAAUCAAUGUGGUAACAGGUUGCUUAAGCUA